AUGGGAAAAGAUAAGUCUGAUAGAGCCAAAAAGGGGGCUCAAACUCGGGCGCUCAAUGCGCAGAUUGAACAAGAGGAGGCUCAGCGCCUGAUAGAAGAGACGAAAGGUGGCCGCAGUGCGAAGAAGGAUGCCCUAAGCAACGCUACUGGGGAGAGAAAGGUCAGCAAAGAUAUCGGAAAGGCGAGGGCCACAAGGCUGAUAUUGUUCGCAGAUGAUGAGAUGACAAGUGCUGAAAAGCGGACGACUCCAUCGACGAAGUUGAUGGGCAAGAAACCUUCUGCAGCCGUCAUCCAGAACGACGAAUCCGACUCCCAAGAGGAAGAGAAGGCACCGGUGAGGGCCAUAAUUCAGAAGCGGCCCCACUUUACUGAACAUGAGGAGAAGGAUCAAGAUGUACCUGGUCUCUUCGACAUUCCUGAUGCGGAUGUCGAGAUGGCCUCGGAACACUCUCGUCCCUCAUCGCGCAUGGAUCACUCUCGCGCUUCCUCAUGCUCAGAACACUUUCGUUCUUUCUCACGCUGUGUGACCCUUCCACCACUCACUGACUCUGAUUGGGGCUUCCAGUCAUCAGCGCCAAACAGUGACGAUUUGCACCUCUCUCCUCGAAGUGACUCCGAUGCCUCAGCGGUUGUGCCCAAGUCACAAAAGAAGAACAAGAAGAGCAAGGCAAAGACCCGCCGCGCUGAGGCUUUCGAAUCUGAGGUAUGGCUUCAGUACAUCGUAAACAGCCGUGCGUUGGACGACGGUUCGAGUGAUUGGCCGAGUCACGCCCAGAUUGUAACCCCCCUUGGAAAGAAGGAGAUCCGUUUGCUUGAGCAAAAUGAAAUCAUGCGUUCUGUCAUCCGCCAUGCGAUCGCUGCCCUAACCAAGGAGAUGGUCCUUCACAACGCGUGGCCGGAGGCCAAUGAACGUAUCAGCUAUGGGAAGACUCUCCUCCUCAAUGCCUGUCGGACCCUUGUCAAUGAGUUUCCCGAGGUCGAAAACAUCGAGCUACGAAUCAAACGCGAUGGCACCUUUAGUCAUAAGCUUUCGGAUGUCGUCGAGGCUCUAAAGCGUAUCCCAUUCUACAAACUUGGUCUUGGGGAAGAGGCCGUCGCCCGCAUUGACUCCCUUCUUAAGAAACACGCAUAUGUUUGUCCAGGAAAAUGGGGAGGGGAAGAUGGGAAAACUUGGGAGCCUGAUGUCAAGCAGGUUUUUUUGCAUCCAGCUAUCGUGGACACGCUCAAGGCCGCUUAUUUUGCCAAACCGUCGUCCCUUGGCUACGAAUAUCUGGACAAGUUCAAUGCAGGGAAGCAAGAGCCCGAGCUUCCUUUCCCGCUCAUAGCUCUGAGCGCAACUGGGGUUUUCCACGGGAUAUACGAGUACAAGACAGGCGCACAGGUAGAAACGAACUUCGACGGGAAUACCUUUAUCAGCACAUACACCUCGCACAUCCGUUCCUUGGAGAAGUUAAAAGACGAGAAGCCGGCAAGGUAUCGCCACAUUAUGUCGACACUUUACAGGCUGGCGGUUUCGCACCCUACCGAUAUUGGCACAGCUGGUCCUGGUGACGUAUUCGAUCUCAUUGAAGAUUAG